ACCUACAGCUAGUUGUACCUGAACAGUCAGUGCAGUGGGCACAUGGCAGGAAUUUGGACAGCGUCCUUUCGUGUGGUUAUCGGACGCGCUCCUUGUUCAAUGAAAGAUUUGUGCAUUGUUCCCAAUGCUCGCUUCACUGUGAGAUUUUAAUUCGGAGGCUUCGUCCGCUCCUGGGUCGCGAUGAUGGGCAAAUCAAGUCAUUUUAGCCUUUGUGUGGUCAUCACCCUAACUGUUCUCUCAUGCUCUGUGUUUGCUGAUGACGAAGAGCCAGACAACCAGGCUGGUGUACGACAGCAGGUGCGACAUGGUCAGCAACGAGGCGCCAUGGGAAUAAAUCGCAAUGCCGGAGCAGCAGGCAACCCACGGCGAUUUGUCGGGGGUAAUAAUGGGCAAUUUCCUGCACAACAACGUGCACCUGGGCUGAGAAACGCCAAUCCUAUGGGGAUGAAUAGAGCUGCAGGUGUGCCACAGGGACAAAGGUUUAAUGCCCCAGUGCAGAAUGUGCAGGAGGGGGACGACCGACCUGGCCAAUUCCAGAAUCCUGGCAGACAAGCAGCUGGUCAGAGUUUCGGUGGUGUGCGGCGUAUGCCUGGCAAUGGCGUUGACGAGGAAGACGACGGCGAAAUGCGAAUGCAGCGCAGGAGGCCACAGCCGGGGCGCGUCAUGAUGAAGAGUGGUGCGGAGCGGCGCGGGCAGCUUCCACGCCAGCCACAGCCGAUUCCACGCCAGCAGCGCCCCGGUGGUAAGCAACAGCAGCCAGUCCAGCGUAUGCAGCAACUGCGACAACAACAACAGCAGCAGCAGCAACAGGAUCAAGGUCGCGAGCCUGCGGAUGACAGAGAGCAGGGACAAGAGAGUGAGAAUGGCGAGGAGAAACAGCAGCAGCAGGGGAACGACUAUCGCGUAGAUUCAGUGGAACGGCCAGCAGUGCAGGCGCAGCACCCUGCACCCGGUGCAGGUGGUGCCGCUGGGCCAGUGGCUACCACCGGAGCUCCAACAAGUGUGCUGGCGCAGGACCCGGAGUGCCACAAGUACGUCACUUCCUUCUGCCCGCACAUCACCGCCGACUCGCAGAGCAAAGGCAACUUCCGCGUCCUCUUCUGUCUUCAGCAGCAUGCCGACAGGUUAUCGAGUGGCUGCCACAAAGUGCUCUGGAACUAUAAACUAAGCAUGACCAAGACUUGGAAGAUCGAUGGCGCUCUGGGACAGCUCUGUGGGGAAGAAAUGAAGAAUUACUGCGGGGAUCAGAAGGACCGAGCUCUGUACUGCCUGUCGGAAAACCUGCGCAAGCACACGUCUGAAUACCGUGCCGUGUGCAAGCAUUUGCUACGCCAAGCUAAGAUGAUUGUGUUCAGCGACUAUCGGCUUGUGGAGGGCGUUGUUACGAACUGCUCCGGCGACAUCACCAAAUUCAGUUGUGAACGCAUUGCUCCGGUAGAGCGAGACAACGACGUAGCGACAGUCAACAGCCAGGGAAAAGUGCUGGAAUGCCUGGAGAAUCACAUCAAGGACCUCACCCCGGCGUGUCGCGGUCGCCUACUCAAGAAAGAGGAGCAAUCUAACUGGGCUGAGUUGGAUCGCCCUCUCUUCCAUCACUGCACCAACGAACGGCAAACACUCUGUGCCACGGUGGAGAUGAACAAGCCAGGGAACAUGUUUACUUGUCUGGAACUCCAUCAGCACGAUCCAUCCGUGUCGCAAAAGUGCCUGGCUCAAAUCAAGAGAAGGUCUCGUCUCAUUGCGAUGGACUUUGAGGUGGCCAAUUCUCUUGUCCGGGAGUGUGCUCAAGACUUGACGCGCUUGCAUUGUCACCAGCAAUCCUCAUCUAGUGCCGGUUUCAUGCGUCUCUUUAGUGUCUUGAGGUGUCUUUCAGAUGGUAACACUGAUGAAGGCGGUCAGAAGCUGAAGGACUCGUGCCUCGGCAAAGUGCGCUUCAUGCGCCAGCGUCUGAUGGGAGACAAGGAGCUGAGCCCGGAACUGGUGGAGAAAUGUAAGGACAUGGUCGAUGGACCGUGUGCACCCGGUCGCUUUGGCGAGAAUGCCGGUAAAGGAGUUGUCGUGAGCUGCUUGAUCGAGGCCGUUGCCAAUAAGAGCCAGGACGCUGCGCUCAAUGACCAGUGCUCACAGGAGGUGCUAUCUUUAAUCAAGGUUGCCAAUCCAGCUAAGAACGUGCAUAUCGACCACGUCUUGGAGGAAGCAUGUCGCCCAGUCAUAGACAACGAGUGUCCACACAGUGAGACCCAUGAGUCGGACAAGUUUAUUGUGCAGUGCUUGAUGUCGAAGAUUGAUGAUGAGAAAACACCAUCUCAGUGUCGCCGCCAUCUUUUCGGUCUUCAGUUCUUCUUCUCCAGGGACAUAAACCUAACACCACGCCUGGCCAAGGUUUGUGACAACGACAUAGCAGAAGUUUGUCACACACCGACUUCACGUGGUAACGUUGCAGAUCCGCCUGCGUUCAUUCUCUCCUGCCUGUACCGUGCCGAGGUGAAGAAUAAUCGUCUCGCCGAUAAGGAUGCUGCGUCUGAAGAGGGCAGGAGUCCUGAGGGUGGCCAGGCUAUCUCUCGCGAGUGCAAGGCAGAAGUGCACCGCGCAUUGGCUAGGCGUGCACACAGCGCCAAGAUGAAUCCCGCCCUGCAGGAGGACUGUAUGGCUGAGCUGGGAAAGCUCUGCGCUGAUCCUGGUCCUAACGGGGACAUUCGCUGUCUGAGUGACAAGAUGGAAGAGGAGGAUGUACUGUCGGACAAGUGCAAGGCAGCUAUGCGCAAAUGGUCAGCUAUUGCUGUCAAGGAUGUUCGUCUCAACAGACCUUUGUUCAGGGCUUGUGCUUCUUUGCGUGUCAGCAAGUGCAGGGAUGUGCCAAUGUCCGAAGAUGGUGCCAUGUCCAAGUGUCUCGUUGAUCAUGUUGAUGACGCUGAGGGUAUUUGCAAGGGGGAAAUCCUGCGUUUGGCCAAGAAAAAGUCUGCUGAUGUUGAGCUGAACUUCCCGUUCAAGUCUGCCUGCAAGAAUGAUCUACUCACACUGUGUGGUGACCAGCUGUCAGAACUGAAGACCACCACUGAUGCUAUGCGUUGUCUGAAAGAAAAGACCGGAAUUAUCUUGAAGCCUGGUGCUCACGCACCAUUUCCCAAGGCAUCUCCAAAGUGUCAGAAAGAAAUCAUUCGUCAGAGCCGUCUUGAGGUGGGACACGCUAUACUGAACGUUCCGCUGUUCACUAACUGCAAAGGCGACAUUCAUCAGUUGUGUCUCGACAAAAAUACCGGCCAGGUGUUUCGCGGAGAAGGGAAAGUCAUGGAUUGCCUUGUCAGCCAUCGCGCUAAAAUCCAAGAUCCUGAGUGCCAGCGUUUGGUGGGCAAGAAAGCACGCGAAAUUUUCCUUGCACCGCAGAUUGACUUCAAGUUGCAGAAGUAUUGUGGAGAUCUGAUCGCUAAGCACUGCUCUGCUAAAGACCUUGGUGUUCCUGUCAAGGAGUGCUUGCGCAAUGUGCUCACCAAGCCCGAUGGUGGACCCGAUGGUGGAUUGGAGGGCUCGCAUGAAAAGUGCCGCGAAGUGCUCCACCUCCGUGCCCAGCAGUCUGCAAAGAGUUGGAAGCUGAAGCCACGUCUUGCCAAUGCUUGUCUUGCAGAUAUUCGAACACAUUGUCUUUCUGAAUACCAGCAGGCUGAGAAAGAAGCUGGGGCAGACUCUGAGGGCAUAGUUAUCUCCUGCUUACGCCGCAUGGUGACCAAAGUGAAGUUGGCUGAUGAUUGCAAGAAACAUAUCUUGAAGGAUGCCCGCUUGGCGGCGAAAGACUAUCGGUUGAGUGCUCGGCUCAAGCAUGUGUGCCGAGAGGAGGUUAUGGAGCAUUGUGGCGAAGAGGGCGAUCACAAAGAUGGCACUGUCCUCAAGUGCUUGCGUCAGAAUCUGAAGAGACUCCGCGAGGUGAAGUCAAGUGAAUGUCUGAAGGAGGUGAUCAACCUGGUUGUUCUGGUGAAAAUGGACAUUCACACCGACCCCACGCUAUUCCAGACAUGCAUUGGUGAUCUGAGGAAGUUCUGUGCACUCGUCAGGCCGGGCGAUGGACGCUUGUUCAGUUGUUUGCAUGACGCGUAUGUGAACAAACCCAAGAACGUUACUUCCGACUGUCGUGAAGCAAUUGCUGAUCGAGAAGGCAUGUGGAAAUUCCAGUCCAAUCAAGUCGACUCUGUAAAGGACAUGGCAAGCAUUGUCAUGAAGUCCAAGUCACGUGUCAGCUUGACCUCCAUGUUCGCUUGCUUCGUCUUAGUCCUGUUCUUCAUUGGCUGUAUGUCAGGACGUCGAUGCCGAUUCCGUCGGAGACAGGAGAAAAAGUCAUCUUAGAGAGUGGCAGACUGGCAGAGUGGAGGACAUCAAGCCAGUAUGUAGAGACUUGACAGCCAGGUUUUAUGUGUGUGUACGUGUGUGAUUGUACACAUGCGCAUGUGUGUGUGUAUGUGUGUGUGUGUGUACGUCUGUUUGUGUGCAAGUGCGCGUGUUUGCGCGCUCGUAAGUGUGCCAAGAACCGUCAUGCUCCAUUCGUUGGAUGCGCGCCUGCAUUGCAAGUAGGCUCUCCAGCGCACUGCUUAUUGCUGUACGACUGAACGUUUUCUUUGCAGUGCAGGCGAUGGUUAAACAGCGAUACACGUGACAGUGGGCUGCACUCGCGCCUAGUGGAGUGAUGCCGAAGCCAGUGCUGCACGUGAGCAGUCUAUGUGCUGUGGAUGCACUUGCAUGCAUGAACAGUGUGUGUGUGUGUGUGUGUGUUUGUGUGUGUGUGUGCGCCUGCGCGCGUAUGUGUGUGUGUGUGUGUGUGUGUGUGUUUAAUGCAUCUGCGCUAAAGAUUGUUGAUAUUUGGAACGUCAUGGCAUCAUAUAGUGUGCAUGCACAUCCCUGGCAGCGUCGGUGACGCAAACGCGCUCUGCCGAUGUGUAUGCUCUCACUGUCAGCUCGUGGCUAUGCUCGAUAGUGCAACUAGCAAGUCUCCUCUCCAGGGGACGGCGGCGUAUUCUCCUGUAUUCACAUCUGCCUGCUUUUCUUACCCGUGCCCAAUCUCUGUAUUCCGUUUGUAUUUUUUACCUUGCCUCUUUCCUGGUGUUCGAGGUGGCUGCUUGCUUGCCCACUUGUGCGUAAGCAAGAGUCACAUCUUUUUUUGGUUUUCUUUUUUGUUGCUACUGCAGCAGUUAACAUAAUUAGUCACCCGUGUACAGUUGUACCUGCUUUCUAGGUAAUUGUGCUGCUCAAUCGAUGCUUAGAAAGUUAGAAACAGACGUAGCUAGUGUUGCCAAUAACCGACUGCCACGAUGGUUUUAUCGACAUCGUUCGGCCUGCCAGCAAAGUCACACAGCUGAAUUCCCGUACUCCCCCCCCCCCCCCCUUAUGUGCUUCACUCUCUCCCUCUCCCUUCACUGUUGGUGCUGUGAAUUUUCUAAUAUUUGAUUUUUUGCUAUGCGGUGAGUUUCUUGUGUCGUCCUGUA